CAACCGCCUUUCGAGUUUGGACCCCGUUUCGUCGCAGCGCCGAGGGUCGGAUUCGAACGAACCCCGACCGGACCCCACGGGCCCCGGAUUCCCUCUGGCUACCCCAGAUUCAUCCAUUGAUUCCCGAGGGCCCUGGGUACAAGUAUGGUCUGAUGCCCCCGCUCCUUGCAUUGCGCGUCAGUAUCAACUGUCCAUUGUCUCUGACGCCUCUUCUUCAUCUAUAAAGUCUCUCCCGCAUGAUGGCACCCGAAAAGCCAGUCAUCAUCGUUGGUGCCGGCCUGUCUGGCCUGGUGACGGCCUUUGAGCUCUCGCGCAAGGCAAUCCCGACCAUUAUCCUAGACCAGGAGCCUCGGUCUUCGUUGGGCGGACAGGCAUUCUGGUCGCUUGGUGGUUUGUUCAUGGUCGACUCGGCGCGACAGCGGCGGAUGGGCAUCCGCGACUCGCGCGAGCUCGCGUUGCAGGACUGGAUGGGCAGCGCCCAGUUCGAUCGUCCAGAGGACAAGCACCCACGUCAAUGGGCUGAGGCCUUUGUCAAUUUCGCGACGGAUGAGAUGGAGUCGUAUCUGACCGAGCGAGGGCUCGGGUUCCUGCUCAAUGUCGGUUGGGCGGAGCGUGGCGAUGGACGCGCUGAUGGACAUGGCAACUCGGUACCGAGGUUUCACAUCUCCUGGGGUACGGGCCCAGAGGUCGUGCGCGUCUUUGCCGAGCCGGUCCUCGAGGCUGAGAAGAAGGGCAGUGUGGUAUUUCAAUGGCGGCACCGCGUCGAUGAGGUGAUUGUAGAUGACAGCGGACGGGCGAUUGGCGUGCGAGGCAAAGUCUUGGAGGAGGUCGUGGCCGAGCGUGGCACUAAGACAUCACGAGUCGAGAUUGAUGACUUUGAGAUUCUUGGCGAAGCCGUGGUCGUCACGUCAGGCGGUAUUGGCGGCAACGUCGACGCGGUCAAGAAGAACUGGCCGGUUGAUCGACUGGGCCCAAAGGUGCCGGACAAUUUCGCAGUAGGCGUGCCGGAUCACGUCGAUGGCCGCAUGAUCGACAUUGCAGAGCAGGCCGGCGCCAGUGUCAUCAACAGGGAUAGGAUGUGGCACUACACAGAGGGACUCCAGAACUGGAACAGUAUCUGGCCCCUUCACGGCAUCCGCGUCCUGCCAGCACCAUCCUCGCUCUGGCUGGAUGCCACGGGCAAGCGACUGCCGCCGUUUUUGUUUCCGGGAUCAGACACCCUCGCGACUCUCAAGCACAUUUGCAGCACGGGCUACGACUACACAUGGUUCAUCCUCAACCAGACCAUCAUUGCGCGCGAGUUUGCCCUGUCCGGGUCCGAGCAGAAUCCAGACAUGACCAACAAGUCCAUAUGGCAGUUUAUCACCACGCGUGUGCUAGGCAAGAAAGGCACACCACCUGUGCAGGCGUUUAUGAAACACGGCGUCGACUUUGUCGUCGAGGACAACCUUGAGGACCUGGUUAGCGGCAUGAACCGCCUCGCGGCCGAACGGAACGGGCCCGCGCUCUCGUUCGACGACAUUGAGAACGUGGUCAAAAUUCGAGACAGCCAGAUGGACAACCCGUACUCGAAGGAUGCACAGGCCAUGCUCAUCCAGAACGCAAGGACCUACUGGCCAGAUAAGCGUGCUCGCGUCGCUCCGCCCCACAGACUGCUCGACAAGGCGUACGGACCGCUCAUCGCGGUGCGCAUGAACUUGCUGACGAGGAAGACGCUUGGCGGUAUCGAGACGAACCUCCAGAGCCAGGUGAUUAGGGGCAACGGCAGCGUCUUCAGGGGACUGUAUGCUGCUGGCGAGGCUGCUGGCUUUGGCGGCGGUGGUGUGCACGGCUACAAUUCUCUCGAAGGGACCUUUGUGGGCGGCUGUAUCUUCUCUGGGCGAGCCGCUGGCCGAGCGCUCGUGGAGGAUCUGCUCGGCAAAGAUGCUACGGGCGACGCAAAGGUUACGUCCAGACUUUAAGAUGGCGUAUUGUUUAUAGCGGUCUUUUCUGUCAUGCGUUCCAUUUAAAGUUGAAUGGAUGAAUGCUAAGGUAGCCUUGCACCCGGAUGGCGGACGCGCCUUCUCCUAGCGACAACUGUCCUAGAGAUAGGUAUGAUUUCUCCGCUGCCUUUAUAAGCAAUCUCUCGCUUCCCAUUCUUGCUUGUUCCCAUCAUUUUCCUACGUGUUCGAGAUCCAUCAUCUUCAAAUUCCCAGCUCAGCGUCCGACCCUCAGUAUGCCUUACCCAGGUGCCGACGGCAAUAUGUAUCAGGAUAGCGUCUUUGCUGCCUCGCGCAGUCACAGGCCCAGGAACUUGGUGUACCCAUGGAACCAA